ACCAGAGUCGCAUUAAUGGACUUUUAUUUUGAAAACUUGUACGUGCGAACAUGUUUUUCCUGCAGUUGGCUUCACACAGCUCCUGAUGCUAAGGGGCUAAUAUGUCGAUGGAGGAUCCUUUUUUCGUGGUUAAAGGAAGGGGUUUCACAGUUUACUCAUAUCUGUGGCAGAGAGGUGCAGAAGGCCCUGUCCAAAGCACGGGGGCUGUUCGAGCGCUGGGAGGAGCUGCUGCAGGAAGAGACCCCCGUCAGCCGCGAUGAGCUGGACUGGAGCACCAAUGAACUCCGAAACUGCCUGAGGGCCAUCGACUGGGACCUAGAGGACCUAAAUGAAACCAUCAGUAUUGUGGAGGCAAACCCUGGAAAGUUCCGUUUAGGAGAACAUGAACUCCAGGAAAGGCGGGACUUUGUGGUGCAAACGCAGAAAUCCGUGCAGCUGAUGAAGGAGCAGCUCUCUAGUCCCUCAGCUGUGGCUCAAGCAGAGAAGAAAAACAAACAGGCUCUGCUGGGGGCCACAGCAAAGGAUCGUUACGCCGGUCUGGAGCCUCACCUGGUGUCUGCAAACUCCAGAUACAUUCAGGAGCAACAGGAACAGCAGCAGCUGAUCAUGCAGGACCAGGAUGAGCAGUUGGAGCUGGUCACAGGCAGUAUCCGUGUCCUGAAGGACAUGUCCAGCAAGAUAGGAGAUGAGCUGGAUGAACAGGCAGUUAUGCUCAGUGAGUUUAAUGAGGAGAUGGACCAGACCAGUUCCAGAAUGGACUCAGUGUUGAAGAAAAUGGAGAAAGUUUCACACAUGACCAGCAGUCGGAGACAGUGGUGUGCUAUUGGAGUUCUUGUAAUCAUACUGAUUGUGGUGCUCAUUCUGUUCUUUGCUAUUUAAACUGGACUCUUCUUGGGCCUCCAUCAUGCCAAAAGCUUACAGAAUUUCACCAUGAUUCUUCCACCUCAGCUUCCAUUAACUUUGUGAGAAAGAGUUCAGUUAUUUUUAUUGCCUCUCCUUGUCUUUUUGAAUUCAUCUAACGCAUACGUCUUCUGGCUCUCAGCGUUUCACUCUCUCUCACUGCUUUUGGAUUGGACUCAUUGUCCUCGGCAAGGUCUAUUCCAGAAUUUCACUGGUGCUGAGAUGGAAGUUAACAGUUAUUGUGUUUCUUAUGUUUUAUUGUGGUACAGAGUAUAAGUGGGGAUGAGGAAUUUGAUAUUGCCUUAUUAUAUUUUUAUAUGUUUAAUUUUUAAAACAGUACAGUAAUUGUGUACAUUCUAAAUGCCUGUGAAAGAGGUUGACAAUAUCUGUGCUAGUGCUUCACCAAUUACGUAACACAGUUUAGAUUUUGUUGUUUCAAGAAAUCUGAAUGACAUAAUAACAAGCAGUAUGAGUAAAGCAGGUUCACAGCGCCCUCUAGAUCUGUAACAGUCACUAUAAAAACAUCUGUAACUUGUGGUAACACCAUCAAACGAGUUAUGAUGGUGUGCGUUGGAAAUUAUAAACUAAAAUUAUGGCCAGAAAUUUAGGAUUAUUUCAAUUAUGUUUUUAAAGCAAAGUCACACCUUUGGCAUUUUACACCAUUUGCUCUUAAUUUAUGGAUAAAUCUGACAUUUAUUGCAUAAUUUGAGUGAGCUUGCAGAAAAGAUCAUCUGCACUUUUCAUGAAUCCUCAUGGAUGCGCUGUGUGCUUCUUGUAAGUAUUUGGAUUUCCCGUAUUUUAAAAUAUGAUUUUAUGCAUUGCUUUUGAGAUGACUGUACAUUGGACUGUAAAGUUUCAUAUUACUGUGGAGAUAUGUGUAGAAUCAUUUGGACAUAUAGACAGUUAUGCAUUCACUACAUGCCACAGCGAUAUUCCACACCCAUUACUCCAGUAUAUAUAAAAUAUAUUUGGCAUUUUACUAUUUUUUUUUUAAGAAAAUUAGUUUUUUAAUUGCCGUCCAAAUCAACAAGACGCAUGUUCUGGAAGUCAGCUCUCAACUGACAGAAUCCCCUAAAGAGCUGAUCAGACCCCACAGUAAAGAUUGUUACUUGAUAUUUCUAUUCCCAAACUUGAGCUGAGAUCUAAUAUUGUGCCAGUCUGUGGGUGUACUAAUGAACAUUAUGUACUCAAAAUCCUCUGUGCCAAUGAGUUGUUUCCAGUGUACCCUCUGAUCUGGGUGUGAGGACACUGUGUGCCUCUGGGUGAAUGUAUAAUGUUCAAUAUAAAUGCUUUCCUCUUUCUGCUUCAACUGAAUAUGACACAUUUCAGAUUUGUCAAGUAUGAAUUUGUAAUAUGAUUAAAUAUAUAAACCCAUAAAUAGCUAAAAGUCAGAUUCAACUCCAAGCAUAAGAGUUUUUGAAAAAUGUAAGCCUUAAUAAUGUCAAUACUCACUGUUGCUCAAAAUGUGGAACAAAGUAUUAAAACUUAAUACCUCUUACAUGCCCAUUUAGGGAAAUUUGGUACGUAUUUGAUUUUCUUUUAUUUACAAAUUAAUGUCUUUCAGUGCUGCCUAUAUAUAAAUGAAUGCAUUUCAAAAGUCUAAUGCCCUUGUCACUUGUUUUUGUAAGCAUUUUUGUAUUAUAUACAACUUUGGCCUGUAUUUGGCAUCUUGAUAAAUCUAAAUGGUUCCUGAUUAAAGUUUAUGCCUGA